AUGAGAUUCGCAUUUGUGUAUUUUAAAAAUGAAGAAGAUUUUGCAAUUGGAACGAAUAAUAUAUACGAAUUUGAAGGGCGACAACUAGAAUGGUCAACGACAGAAGAAAAAUCGUGUCAUAAGUGUGACGCAGCCAAAAAUAAAAGGGGGAAUCAACGACGUCGUUGGAAUCAAGACAAUAUUAAUAGAAAUUAUCCCGAAUCUUCAGGUGAUGAGGGAAUUAGUGAUUGGGAUGAUGAUGAUGAAGCGGAAUAUGAAGGUGUAAAAAAAUGGAAGGGAACAAGUGUAGGAAGUUCGAUGCACGAUAAAAAGAAAAAUGCUUAUAACAAUAAGAAUGAUAGCUCAAAAUCACGUGAUCAAGACAUUAACGAAAUUAAACAACAAUUGAAGGAAUUAACUAAUUUAUUCACCGAAUUUAAAAAUGAUAACAAUCAAGUUAAACAAGAAAUUAACAAGAUCAAAGAAGGUCUUCAACAAAACAACAAGAAAAAAGUCACUUUUAACGUUAAUAAUAAAGCAUCAUUAAUCAACAAUAACAAUAAAAGAACAAAGGCUGAUAGUUCUUCAAGUGAAAAUGAAGAUAAUGACGUAAUUUUGGGAUUAGAAUCCAAGGUCGAUAAACAAGAUCAACUUUUAAACAAGAUGUUCAGCAUGAUUAAUAAUAUUAAUGGCCAAUUAUGA